AUGUCAAGGAUUGCAGACACAAUCUCCAGACUGGCUGUUCCAGUGGGCGCGGCCAUUGUUGCUGCUCAGUACUCGAUAUUCUCCGGUAUCAAGUCGCAGGUUGUUGGCGAAGGACUGAACUUUGUUGUUCCAUGGUUACAGAAACCGAUCAUUUUCGACGUGAGAACAAAGCCAAGAACCAUCACCACGACGACCGGAUCGAAGGAUUUGCAAACAGUUUCGUUGACCUUGAGGGUUUUGCAUCGUCCCGACGUGAUGAACUUGCCGCAGAUCUACCAGAACUUGGGAUUGGACUACGACGAGCGUGUCUUGCCGUCGAUCGGAAACGAGGUCUUGAAGAGCAUUGUUGCGCAGUUCAACGCUGCCGAGUUGAUCACCAUGAGAGAAACCGUCUCGAACAGAAUUAGACACGAGCUCGAGCAAAGAGCCAAGGAGUUCCAAAUCAAGCUCGAGGACGUUUCCAUCACCCACAUGACGUUUGGUCAGGAGUUUACCCGUGCUGUUGAGCAGAAACAAAUUGCUCAACAGGAUGCUGAGAGAGCCACCUAUCUUGUCGAGAAGGCCGAACAGGAAAGACGGGCUUCUGUGAUUCGUGCCGAGGGAGAGGCCGAGGCUGCUGAGAACGUUUCCAAGGCCCUGAACAAGGCCGGAGACGGUUUGUUGUUGAUCAGAAGACUGGAAGCAUCCAAGGAGAUUGCCCAGACUCUGAGCCAGUCGCCAAACGUGACCUAUCUACCAAACGCAGCACAGGGAGGCGAGUCUUCGUCCCCAGGCCAGUCGCUCUUGCUGAACCUUGGCCGUUAA